CAGCAGGAAAUGGAGGAGCACAAUAGCGAUUUCAGCGAAGAUAGCGAUGAUGGGGAUAAUUCUGACGAGAUCAGCUGGGUUUCAUAUGGACUGAUGGCCAGUGUUACCAUGGUCGCUUAUCAAUUCUUUCUGGUAUAUUUCAUGAAUGCUCCUUCAACAAUUAUAGUAAAGAUUACAGUGUCAUUAGUGUUAGGAAUAUUAUUGUUCACAUUAGAAUCUUCACUUAAACUCAUAAGUUAUUUUAAAUACCGAAAUGCUCCCAAAAAUAGACAUAGAUUUCUUAGCCAUGAGUCUGCGACAAGAGAGUAUGAUGAAUUAUGCAUUGAGGAAGAAAAUAGCUCCAAUGAAGAUACACAGGGUUACAAGAAUUCACUUUGUAGAUGCAUUUCUUCAUUCUUCAAGAAAUUUAAUAACGAGCGAUAUUCCCAAGGGAAUGAUUGCAACUAUUCUAAGAGGAAAGUCUCAUAUAGUAAAUCCAAUCCGAGUCAAUAUGAGGAAGAAAAGCAGUCUAGACUCCAUCAGGCUUUGAUAAAGAAAGACAAUGAUACUAGUAAUCCCUAUCAAGGAGUUGGUUCUUGAUUUAGAGCAUUAAAAGGUUCCAGACAAAAUUUUAGCAAUAGAUGAUCCUACUUCGCUUCAGAAAAGAAUGAUGAUUCUGAAGAAGCUUCUGGGUUUCGAAAAUCAAAGAAAGAAUCUUUUAUGAAAUCUGAUACUGAUAAAUCUUUAUAUGUCCAUCAAAGAAUCCUUGAAAAAAUCCAGGAACAAGAGCAGCAGCUUUCAGAGUUUGAAGAGGAUGAUGAUACCAGAACCUUUGAGUGUUUUCAAACAUGUAAUUUAGCAAUUGGAGCAAUUCUGUUCAGUCUUUCUCACUAUGGUUUCCUGUAUUGAUUCGAAUCAAGAAGAUAUUACUCAUCAUCCUCCAGUAGGCUUCCUGACAAGGAUCUGAACCAUACAUGGAUGUACGGGCAGACAUUAGUCAUGAUAAUUGUUCCUCUCAUCUUCUUGAUGGUCUGGAAGAUUUACAAGUGAGAUAAGCCGGUAUGGGUAAGAAUGGCAACUACACUCAUACCUUUCUUGAUAAUACUAUCACUUGUCCUUACUUCAUGGAAGAUAUAUUACGAAUUACACUUCUUUGCUGUAUAUUGUUUUGAAAUAACAGCUUCUAUUAUAUUUGCUAUUUCCUUGACUAUUAUCAAGUACACUCAGAAAUGGAAGGAUUUAGAGAGAGAAGACUCUAGUUUUACACAAAAAUCUUACAUGCAGACUUUGAGAGCGAUUAUAUAUUCAGAGUUAGGGUUGUCCAUCGCCUUUCUUGGGCUGAAAUACAUUGAUUGGUAUCCGAGAAUUUACUCAGAAAAAGUCUUUUAUAGAAGUCUUGUAUGGUAUGAAUCAUUAUUUAAUCCAUUUAUUUUGCUUGUAGGUGGAUUUUAUUUAUUAAGUAUUUUCUUACUUUCUCACAUGAUGUCACAAACAAAAGAGAAAGGGUCUUACAGUAUUUGGACACCAAGCAAAAUCAGGGUAUCUACUCUUCUAUGUAUGAAGGCGUUUGAAUCGGAAGCUCUUAUCUUGAUCAGCCUUUUUAAUCAUAGUGAAGAGCUUGAUAUACUUGAUAUGUUGGGGAUGUUCAUAUUCAUGAUCGCUUUAUUGAUAAUGAGCUGUGAUGAUACUUCUACAAUUCUAAUGCAAACUAUUUUUGCUCAAGAGAAGCCCAAUUUUGAGACAUUUAUUUCAGAAAGACUUCAACUCCAACAUCCUACUAUUGAGAGAAAUUUCGAGUACUUUGUAGUAGAGACAGAUGAGAGUAUGCUAGUGAAGCAUCGAGAGGCAGUCUCAAAGCAUUAUAAAGAAGCCUCUAUUCAAAGAUUUAGUUUAAAAUUUUACGGAAUUAAUAUACCAAACGAAGGAGUUGAGCCAAAUGACGAGAAGGAUCUAAUAAGAAAGGGUCUCAAUGAGUAUAUAGAGAGACUUAUGUAAACUAAUUUCAACUCCU